GUCUCCGCGCUCCGAGCCCGAGGAGCGGCUUCACAUGGAGGUUUCUGUGGGGAGAGGAGGGAGCCAGACAGGCGACAGUCAGCUCUGACUUGGCCUCGGGGCAGAGGCAGGAGCGAGCGGGCGGACCAAUGAGAAGCAGACAUCCACUCCCCUCAGUCUUGCCCGGCUCGGCUCGGCUCGGCGCACCCUGUAAUUAGGAGCUCUGGCUGGGUUGGGCGCCGCCACCGUGGACAUCCUGCUGCUGCCGCGUCAAGGGACUUUGGGAACAGCAGCUCCAGACUGCGAGAGGCUCCAGGUCCCGAGAGAAGAAGACAGACAUGAACGGACAAGCGUCCCCCGUGUUCGAGGACAAGAAGCCGUCCCUCCCCGCGGCCGGCGGCUCCAUCUCGGCCACCAAGGCGUCCCCGACCCUGCCGGAGUCCUCCUCCACGGACAUGGGCUUCUACAGCGGCGGCUCGCAGGACUUCUACCCGGCGCAGCAGCAGCAGUACGCGGCCCAGCACAUGAGCCCGUACGCGUACCACCACUACAGCCUGAGCGGGAUGGCGGCCGGCGGCGCGUACCCGGUGGGCAAAGCCGAGUACCCGUACCCGCACGCAGCGUACCGGGAGCCCGGUGCGUUCAGCCGCGAGGUGCAGUCCGCCAUGCACGACGCAGUGAAAGAAGAGCCGGACAUGGAGGUGCGGAUGGUCAACGGGAAGCCCAAGAAGGUUCGCAAGCCCCGGACCAUCUACUCCAGCUACCAGCUGGCCGUCCUGCAGAGGAGGUUCCAGACGGCUCAGUACCUGGCGCUGCCCGAACGGGCCGAGCUGGCGGCACAGAUGGGCCUGACCCAGACGCAGGUGAAGAUCUGGUUCCAGAACCGUCGCUCCAAAUUCAAGAAGCUCUACAAGAACGGAGAGUUUCCACUCGGGGAAAUUGCUCUGGAACACAGUCCAGAAGCCAGCGACUCCAUGGCCUGCAACUCCCCCCCCUCCCCCGCUGUGUGGGAGAGCACCAGCAACACAAACAACAACAGCAACAACAACACAAACAGCAGCAGCAACACAAACAGCGGCAUCAAGAGUAAUGCACUGCUGGAGCCGACCAGCAGGGGGCAGGCUCCCUACCCGCCUGCUGUGGAGUCCUCGCCCACCUACAUGGGGGAGUUCUCACAUCAGAACUGGUACCAGCAGCAGGGGGCCCACUUGGGUCUGCUGGCGCCAACGCACCACACGUCUUCCACGGCGCCGGCCGCCUCACAGAGCAUGGGAGCCGUGUACUGACCCCCGGACGCUGAACGGGGGGGGGGGGGGGGUUCUGACGUCAUCACACACGGGUCACGACUGUAGAACCUGACACGCAUGUUGUUUAACAGGCUCGUCUGCAGUGAACAGAGAUAGAGAAGGAAGUGCUGGCCUCAGGUCAGCUCCUCGUCCGAGACGCUCACCACACGUUACAUCCGAUGAGUGACAGGGAGGCUCACGCUCACCUUUCAUUUUGUAUAUUUAAUAUUUGAAUUAUGACAGUAUUUAUGUCAAACACCUGCGAUGAGUCGAAUCUCUGACAGUAAAGCCAACAAUCUCCAUCAUCGUGGACUGAGCUACACAACUGAACAAUGGUUCCAUACAUAGUUUAAUAAAAGUUUUAUUAUAUAACAGAUAUAUUAUCGUCUGCUGCGUGUGUGUCUGACGACGUGUGUGUGAUGACAUCACGUGUCGGCGGCUGUUUGGCAACAAACGAUGACUCAGCGAUAAAAAACAACUUGUGUGAUUGAAUGAAGUUUUAUUAAGAACUUUUGGGUGAAAGUUUAUAAGAUGUGAUGUAUUUAUUAAUCUGUUAUUCAGGAUUUAAAUCCUCAGAUAUUUGAAAAUGAAAAUGUCACAAUUCACUUCUCAGCAGCUCAGUCUCAUGGAUUAUAAAAACCAACAGUUUCCAAAAAUAACAAUAAUCAUGAGAUAUCAUAUUUCACAUGUUUGCUUGUUUUUCUUUUUGUAUUAUUUACAGUUGAAGGUCAGGAUAAGCGUUUCAACACACUGUAUCCUACAACUCCCACAAUGCAGCUUGGCAGCGUAGCUCACUAGACCCUCUCUCCAGAUAAGAGACACAUGUUUAAAGUCUCUUUGUUUUAGUUACUCUUUAAAGUUCGUUCUCUGUUAAACAUGUUCAACCUCUAAACUCAAAUAUCAGAACUAACAAAACUUCUCAGUAAAGUUGUGCGACUGUUUGUGCGACUGUUUCCAAAUAUUCUUCACGACAAAUAAUCCAAUCUUUAAAGAUCUUUAAUUCCUGUUCAAGGACCAGAAAUAAGAGACAAAGGGAUGACGAGUUGUUUAAACGUUUAAAAAUAAGUUUUUAUAUUUUGUGUUAUUCAUAUGUUGUACUCAGGUGUUUUAUUUAUAGAGUCAACUGCAAAUCUACGCAGUUCAGUUCAUGUUUCAGAAAUUGAGUCAAAAAAUAAAAUGUCUUUAUUCGA